AUGUUGCUGUAUGUAAACUUAGAGGUGACGUGUUUGUGACUAUUAAUACGGUUUACCUAGCCACGCACGUGUUGUAACGCUACAUGAUACAUCGCAUAUUUAGCACCUUGGUACUUAGUUCAGUACAUGAGCUCGUCAUUGACGUGCUCUAUCGGAGUUUUUCACGCGAUCUCACCACUUGGAGAGCAGUCGCGCUGCGCCCGCGCUGCUGAAUCAGCGUUUCUAAUAACCGCCUGUUUUGAUAGUAUUUUUUAUGUGUUUGUGUUACUGUUUGAGGUUUUUGAAGUGUGUUUACUUAUUAGACGAUAUUAUAUUCAUGAGAAAACACGGAAUAAAUUUUAAAUUUGGAUGUCUAAUUGAAUUAAAUUAAUUUUAAAACAGCAAAGUAAUCAUAUCCCGUCCGUCUACGUUGACGUAAUAAUAUGCUAAUUUCGUGUUUCGUAAUUUCCUAGUGAAAUGUGAAAAUAUUUAUAUUGACAAAUAGAGCACAACUUCGCAAUAGUAGAAACUGUUCUUGUGGGCUAGUGAUUUUCGAAACGUGAGCGCCUGUGAUUGAAGGUGCUACCCGAACAAAUUCUGCCGGUGAAACGAUUAAUCGUGGAGGAGUCGAAGCUGUAGCCGGAUGCCGUGGUCGACAAGUGUGCCGUUGUCCGAGUCUGCGCGAUUUCACUCGAGUCACGCACGUGCAAGUGGCUCGCAUACUCAUUCGCUUCUCGCCACUGAUUGAUCCAAUUACAGGAUUAUUAGAUUUGGAUGUGUAUGUAGUGUGUUGCACUUAAUGGUGUAGUGGUGUGCCGCGACGAGGUGUGCCAGUGAAAGUGAGCGCGAUGCGGGAGGCGCUCAGCUGAGCUGGUGACGUCGCGCGUGACGUGCGCGGACAUGGGCCAUGUGGAGAAUAUGUGGCGUCAGUAAAGUCGAGCCGCUGCUCUUCGCCGAUAACGUAGACGACGACUUUCAGCCGACAUGGCGGUUGUGGGGCGAGGAGCGCGUCGACGGAGCCAUCUACACCGUCUACCUCAAGAAAGUGCGUUAUCACCGGCCCACACGCAGCGCCUCCAGUGAGUCUGACGACGAAAUCUCCCACCUGGAAUGGGAGACAGUGCGCGUGCGCUUCGUAAAGGCGGGCACGGUGGAGCGGCUCGUCGAGGCGCUCGCCACCGACGACGGCGAACUAGAGUCCACUUACGUCAACGUGUUCCUCGCCACAUACCGUUCCUUCGCGGAAUGCAGUCGAGUGCUGGACCUCCUUCUUCGACGGUAUGAAGCUUUGGCUGUGGAGGACGUACUCCCGACAGCUGUCGACACUUCACAACAGCACCGAAAGACUCUGGUAGCAUGUCUCCACGUGUGGUUAGACACCUAUCCGGACGACUUUCGGCAGCCCCCGCAUCACCCCGCACUGCAACAGCUGCUUGCCUUCACGCAGCUUCACUUACCCGGUUCAGAAUUACAUUCGAAGGUAUUACAGAAGUUAGCUCUAUUCAGUGCGGACCGCAAUGGUGGUGCGGGCCUGUGCGUCGGCGGCGGCGUGUGCCUCGCGCCGGGCAUGCGCCUGCCCGCGCACCACACCAGCGCCUACCGCCUGCCGCACGUGCCGCACCGACACUUCGCCGAGCAACUCACGCGCAUGGACAUGGAGCUGUUCAAGAAGCUCGUGCCGCACCAGUGCCUCGGCGCCGUCUGGUCGCGCCGGGACAAGGACCGCUCCCACGACGCCGCAACCGUGCUCGCCACCGUCAACCAGUUCAACGCGGUGUCAUUCCGCGUCAUCUCCACGGUACUUGUUGAGCCUAAUUUGAGACCCUUGGAACGGGCUGAUAUUCUCGCGGCAUGGCUCGAUAUAGCUCGGGAAUUAAGAGUGUUGAAAAAUUUUUCAUCAUUAAAAGCCAUAAUAUCUGGAUUGCAGAGCAAUCCUGUAUACCGAUUACGAAAAACGUGGGGUCUGUUGCACAAAGAGAAGUCUGAGUUGUUCGAUGAACUCGCCCGUAUUUUUAGUGAGGAUAAUAAUCGCUGGGCUCAAAGAGAAUUAUUGAUGCGUGAGGGGACCGCUAAGUUCGCAGACACGGUGGGCGAAAACGAUAGACAAUUACAGAAACUGUUACACGAGCGAGGAUCUCCUGGUGUUAGUCACGGUACCAUUCCGUAUUUAGGCACGUUCCUAACCGAUCUCACAAUGAUUGAUACGGCAAUACCAGAUACUGUAUCAGACGGUUUGAUAAACUUUGAUAAACGGCGCAAAGAAUUCGAGGUGCUUGCUCAAAUAAAGUUACUGCAGGGUGCUGCAAAUGCAUAUCACCUACCUACCGACCCGAUGUUCGACCGAUGGUUCGACUCUGUAAUAGUGCUGGACGAUCGGGAGGCUUAUCAACUUUCAUGCCAAAUAGAACCGCCAACUAACCCACCAAAGGAAAGACGACCGAAGAAGGUGAACGAUGUAAACGGUCAGGGGCAUAGAAAGAACGACUCGAUCGCGAGUACUAGUUCAAGUAAUAGUUCACAAUUUUUCUGUGAGACGGAUGGCGUUGCAAACGCGUGGAAGCGGGACAGUUUGGAGAGAAGGAUAUCGCCAACGCGGUUGUCGCACGGUUCGUCAUCUUCCUCGCUGCCGUCAUUGGACGUGUCAUUAUCCAGUGCGAAUAGCGGACAGAAGCCGAAUGGUAAAGCAGGCGCGGCGAGUCCUGCGCAUGCGAGUGCCCGGAGCGGACCCGAUUUUUAUAUUAUCCGUGUUACGUAUGAGUCGGACUGCGCAGAGACCGAGGGCGUGGUGCUGUACAAGUCGAUAAUGCUGAGCAACAACGAACGCACGCCGCAAGUCAUACGAAACGCAAUGCUCAAGCUAAACCUCGACGGUGAUCCCGAUGCGUAUACGUUAGCGCAAGUUUUACCUGAUAGAGAAAUGUUGCUCCCUGCUAACGCGAACGUGUACUACGCAGUGAACACUGCGUACAAUUUGAACUUUAUAUUGCGUCCACGCAAAACGCAGCAAUCAGAGCCAGUGAUAAACGGUAAAGCGCGUGGAAAACGAACUUGAUGUGGACUCGCCAUGUUUACCUGUCAUUGUUAAUGUGACACGAACAAAGUGAUUUGCCUUGUUAUUUCAUUUCAAUAUUUUCCCAGGUGAAGUGGCACUUUAAGUGUAUUUUAAAUGCGUGUUCAGUGAAUAUCGCUACCUUUAUUGGAGUUUUUUUAUCUGUGUACAAAAUAUCCCAAGUUCCUGAGUCUUCAUCAGUGGUCGCUGGACAAACUCAGCACCACAAGUCUAUGCUCGCUAUAAAUUCCCAUUAAUUUACUAAUUACGUAGUAUGCUUUGUAAGUAAUGUACUCAUGUAAAUAAACGUAUAAAGCCACCUCUAGUGUAGUAGACUGUCCUGAUUUAAUAUGUACUCUUGUAUAUUACAUCGCGUUGAUUGUACAUAAUUAUAUGUGAGUUUAUGUAAAUAUGAAUCUCAUGCAUGUUUAUAAGUUUUUAAAGAUCAUAAAAUUACAACAUGUUUCAAAUAUAGGAUUUACAAACAGUUGAAUUCGAGCUGUAAUUUUAGGGUCUUUUCGUUCAAUUUUUAUAGUUUUUAGAAAUAAACAUUGAGCCAAAGGCAAAUGUCUAAUAGCAAGGUGCUGUCCGUCUUUUGUAUAAUGUUUAUAGGCUUUAAUAACACCUUUUGAUAUAAAUCGAAUUUCAUAUUAUAUUUGGAAUUUGUCAACAUCAGACUGCAUAGCGUAAGUUAUAUAUCGCAACAGUCCUUACCAAAACGAAUCCCAAGUCGAGCCUAUAGCAGCAAUAUGGAUUGGUUUAUCUGCUUUUGGAAUGCCAUAAUAAAAACCUGAAAAUAGCGUAGAGAAUGUGUCGUAUAGCAUCUCUUUAAUGUGUCAUUCUUAGUAUACUUGAACUGUAAGACAAUACUUAUCUAUGAAUCACUUUAAAAUAUUUCACGUAUUAAUGUAUCAUUGAACAUGUAGUUAAUCGCAUUUAAAGUUUUGGUCCAUGACCAUAUGCACAAAAUAAAUCGAAAGUAGACCAAAGCAUCGUAAACUAUAUAUUUUAUAUAAAUAAACGUAAAAAACC